CUCAAUUGUCAUUCAUCAUUCCACGUAAAUAGAACCCAAUAGCACAUUGUUUUCUUUCAACUAUUAAUUAAAUAAGUCACAAUCACGUACUGCACAAUUGCUUUUCACAAUAAUUUAUAAUACUCAAAAAUACUCGGAUUAUUUUUGUUAACUUGAAAAAAACUUAUCAGAAAAAUUUAUCAUGGCUUAUCAUAAAAUAUUUAAUAGUUUAAUUGUAGUACUAUUUAUCAGUAUAAAUUAUUUUAGUAAUACUCAGGGCUUUACAAACGUUUAUCCAAAAUUGAAAAGUUAUCCUCUAAAAGAUGGUGAAGAUGCAGGGCAACCAUUAUUUUUAACUCCUUACAUUGAAAAAGAAAAAUUUGACGUUGCUAGAAAAUUAGCUACUGUUCAACAUAAAGAAAUGCUAGAUGUUGGAAGCUAUGCCGGAUAUUUAACAGUCAAUAAACAAUUCAAUUCGAACAUGUUCUUCUGGUUUUUCCCAGCUCAGAUAAAACCUCGAACUGCACCGGUAGUACUGUGGCUCCAAGGAGGUCCAGGAGCAAGUUCACUCUUCGGUCUCUUCACAGAAAAUGGACCAUUUAGAGUUGAUGAAAAUAAAACUCUUCAAAUGCGUAAAUACAGCUGGAGUAUUUCACACAAUUUAAUUUACAUCGACAAUCCAGUUGGCACGGGUUUCAGUUUUACUGAUCACGACGAAGGAUAUGCAAGAAAUGAAACCCAAAUCGGCGAAGAUCUUCAUUCAGCAUUAGUGCAAUUUUUCAAAUUAUUCUCUGAACUACAGGGUAACGAUUUUUAUGUAACUGGUGAAUCAUAUGCCGGUAAAUAUGUUCCAGCAUUGUCAUACACAAUCCAUGAAAAAAAUCCAACAUCGAAAGUUAAAAUAAAUUUAAAAGGUUUAGCUAUUGGUAAUGGUCUCACUGAUCCAAUAAAUCAAUUAAAUUACGGCGACUAUCUUUAUCAGUUGGGUUUAAUAGACUUUAAUGGCAUAGAAAAAUUCCAUGCUUAUGAAGAGAAGGGGCGAGCGUUUAUAAAUCAGAGCAAAUACGAUGAAGCCUUUGAAAUAUUUAAUGAACUUCUUGACGGUGAUUUAAAUUCUCCGCCAACUUUAUUUCAAAACCUGACUGGUUUUAAUUUUUACUUCAAUUAUUUACGUACUAAAGACACCAAUGAAUCUGAUUGGAUGAGUCAGUGGAUACAAAGUGUUGGUGCAAGACGGGCCAUUCACGUCGGCAAUUAUUCUUUCAAUGUUGAAAAUUCAAAAGUUGAAGGUCACUUGAAGAAUGACAUCACUCGAUCUGAAGCUGAUAAAGUUGCUGCUCUACUUCAACACUACAAAGUUCUUACUUACAACGGACAGCUUGACAUUAUUGUUGCUUACCCACUCACAAUAAAUUAUCUAAAGAAUUUACAAUGGCCUGGAGCCGAGGUUUACAAAAAAGCUCAACGCAGCGUCUGGAAAGUUGGUGAUGAAAUCGCUGGUUAUGUUAAACAUGCAGACAAUUUAAUUGAAAUAUUUGUACGUAAUGCCGGACACAUGGUCCCAGCUGACCAACCCAAGUGGGCAUUUGAUUUAAUCAGUCGAUUUACUCACGUCAAAACUUUUUGAUUCAAAAAAUGUAUUCGAACAAAAAAUUCUUUAUUUUAUUUAAAUAGUUACAAUUAUAGACAGAGACACUAGUACGGUAUUUAUUUAUCAAUAAAAAAAAUAGAUUGUUCAUAAUAAUUAAUAAUCAUACUAUUGAUUGAUAAAUAAAUUAAAUAAUUGUAAGUAAUACUUGGAUUAUUAAGGUAUGGAAAAUAAUAGAUCAAUCCAAAGAACAAAAUAUGUAAGCGUAUAAUAAAACUAUUUUUUUAUUAAUGUUAACAGUAACUAAAUUUUCAUUAAUUGCUAGUCAAUUAUUUAAUGGGUUGUAAUUACCAUUGUUGAUUUAAUUGUCACAAAAGUAUUAGUGUCUACUCUAUAAAAUAAUAAUUAAUAUGAGAAUUAUUUUUCUUUUUUUUUUACUGAUUUAAAUAAAUGAUAUUGUAAAGGUUUUUUUUUUUUAUGUACAGAAUUUUAUUUUAUUUUGUACAUAUUAUAAAAUAAAUGUUAUAAAAUUCUUAACUUAGUGGUUACGAUAUAUUUUUAUCAAUUUAUUGUUAUUAAAAUUGUUAAAGUAUUUCUGAGAUUUAUAAAUAAAAUUAUUAAUUAGUCUCACAA